AAAUAUAUGAUCAAUAAGAGAGUAGCGGAUGCCGAUGAAGCGAUCCGCGAUAUUAUAGACGGACAAACGAUUAUGCUUGGAGGUUUCGGACUGUGUGGUAUUCCUGAGCAGUGUAUCGCCGCAUUGGUAAAGAAAGGCGUGAAAGAGCUUACUUGUAUUUCUAACAAUGCAGGUGUAGAUGAUUUCGGAAUUGGCCUGUUACUGAAAACCCGGCAGGUAAAGAAAAUGGUUUCUUCUUAUGUAGGAGAGAACGCAGAAUUUGAGCGCCAGUUGUUGAGUGGGGAAUUAGAAGUUGAACUGAUCCCUCAGGGAACAUUAGCGACCCGCUGUAUGGCGGCUGGUUAUGGCAUGCCUGUAAUUUAUACGCCUGCUGGUGUAGGUACAGAAGUUGCAGAAGGUAAAGAAACCAGAAAUUUUAAUGGAAAGGAUUACCUGAUGGAAUAUGCUUUUGAUGCAGAUUUCGCGAUCGUAAAAGCAUGGAAGGGUGAUACUGCAGGAAAUCUUGUUUUCCGUUCUACAAGCCGCAAUUUUAAUCCGGUCAUGGCUAUGGCAGGUAAAAUUACAAUUGCUGAGGUAGAGGAAUUGGUAGAACCAGGUGAACUUGAUCCGGAUCAUAUUCAUACACCGGGUGUUUAUGUACACCGUAUUUUCCAGGGUUCAGGUUACGAGAAAAGAAUAGAGCAGCGCACAGUAAGACCGCGUAAUUAACCAAUCAAAUAUUUAUGUUAGAUAAGAACGGAAUUGCGAGACGUAUCGCCAAAGAAUUAAAAGAUGGUUACUAUGUGAAUUUAGGAAUUGGUAUUCCUACACUGGUCGCAAAUUAUAUCCCUGAUGGAAUCAAUGUUGUACUGCAAUCCGAAAAUGGUUUGCUGGGUAUGGGCCCUUUUCCUUUUGAAGGUGAAGAGGAUGCUGAUAUGAUCAACGCGGGAAAACAAACAAUUACUACUUUACCUGGUUCUUCAAUUUUCGAUUCAGCAAUGAGCUUCGGUAUGAUCAGAAGUCAGAAAAUUGACCUGACAAUAUAGGUGCAAUGGAGGUUUCUGAGAAUGGAGAUAUUGCCAACUGGAAAAUUCCUGGAAAGAUGGUGAAAGGAAUGGGUGGGGCAAUGGAUUUAGUGGCUUCUGCAAAAAAUAUCAUUGUAGCUAUGCAGCAUAUCAAUAAAGCAGGGGAAAGUAAAUUAUUGCCAAAAUGCACUUUGCCAUUAACGGGUGUGAAUUGUAUCAGGAAAGUAGUUACAGAAUUAGCCGUACUUGAUAUUUUACCGGAAGGUGGCUUCAGGUUAAUUGAAAGAGCGCCGGGUGUGAGUGUUGACUUUAUUAAACAAUCUACCUCAGGAAAGUUAUUCGCUGAGGCAGAU